AUGGGUCAGUCGCAUUCCAAGGGCAAUUCUGGCCCUGGCGACUCUCUGCAGUCCUAUCCAUCCUUCUCUCGCUCCGAUACUAAGGAGUCUCUUCGCUCGUUUCGCGGCUCCAUCCGGUCCAAGAUUCGGAGUAGCGACAGUCCCAGAGGAUCGACUGCAGGAUUGUCGGACGAUAAAUCCGACGCAGCAUCAGUCAAGUCGACAGCCAGUAGACGCAGUUCCACCAACCAAAGCGUCCACUCUCCCGAUGAUACCUCUUCUCAACCCGAUGCUCCUCAGCCUCCUCCAUCUCCUUCCCUGUCGAGUAGCUUGAAACGAGGCCAUAAAGAUGUCAAUGCAAUGCAGCAGAGUGGCGAGGUCGACCAUGUAUCCGAUGUACCUCCCUCCGGGGCUGCGCCCUCGGGCCCAUCGACCCAGAAAGUCGGCGAGUCGAUCCUCAUCAAAAGAGAGAACCAACUGAAUCCUAUCCUGGACUUCAUCAUGAAUGCUCCAUUAGAGACUUCUGGAUCUCCAGGUAUGGGAAUGGGUGCUCUGAAGUCUAUCGACCUUGAUGACAUGAUCUCGAGACUUCUCGACGCCGGCUACUCUACCAAAGUCACAAAAACUGUUUGCCUUAAGAAUGCGGAGAUCACGGCCAUUUGUUCAGCGGCACGGGAGCUCUUCCUCUCCCAGCCUGCAUUGCUAGAGCUGUCGGCUCCUGUGAAAAUCGUGGGCGAUGUCCAUGGCCAAUAUACAGACUUAAUUCGACUUUUCGAGAUGUGUGGGUUUCCUCCCGCUUCCAACUACCUCUUCCUAGGCGACUAUGUCGACCGUGGCAAACAAAGCUUGGAGACGAUCCUUCUCCUCCUGUGUUACAAGCUCAAGUAUCCCGAGAACUUCUUCCUUCUCCGCGGUAAUCAUGAAUGUGCCAACGUCACUCGUGUUUAUGGAUUCUAUGAUGAGUGCAAGCGGCGCUGCAACAUCAAGAUUUGGAAGACUUUCAUCGAUACAUUCAACUGCCUUCCCAUCGCUGCUACCGUCGCUGGCAAGAUCUUUUGUGUUCAUGGCGGACUGUCCCCUAGUCUCUCUCACAUGGAUGAUAUUCGGGGAAUUGCAAGGCCCACUGACGUACCUGACUAUGGCCUGCUUAAUGAUCUCCUGUGGAGCGACCCAGCAGACAUGGAAGAAGAUUGGGAGCCCAACGAACGCGGUGUCAGUUAUUGCUUCGGUAAAAAGGUCAUCAUGAACUUUCUGCAGCGUCAUGACUUCGACUUGGUCUGCCGCGCGCAUAUGGUGGUCGAGGACGGGUACGAGUUUUAUCAGGACCGUAUUUUAGUCACUGUCUUCUCAGCUCCUAACUACUGUGGCGAGUUUGAUAAUUGGGGUGCCAUUAUGUCAGUGUCGGGGGAGUUGCUAUGUAGCUUUGAGCUACUCAAACCGCUGGAUUCCACUGCUUUGAAGAACCAUAUCAAGAAGGGCAGGAAAGAGCGGAGUAACAUGUUAAGCAGUCCUGUAAGUUCACCCUUGCUUCACUUCGUUGUCGCCAAGGAAGAUCACCACCUAUUCGUGCAACAUUGCCGAGGCGCUUGUGGUCUAUUCCUUGCCUAUCCGUCUCUCGUCACAUCAUGGAGCACAAGUCACUAA